CUGCACAAAGUUUCCCUAAAAGUGAACCAGGCUGGGACCUCUGUGGGUAACAACGCGGAAAAAACGGCUGUUUUUGCUGAAAAAGGGAAGCAGAGCAGGGAGGAGGAAGUCCUCCCCCGGCAGGGAGAGUCCUCCCCCCCCAGCCGGGGGGGCCGGAGGGGCGGGGGGAGGAUCCCCGGAGCGGCCCGGGCCGUUUCUAGUGACGUUGGCCGGGCCUCCGCCCUCCCCCCGCGGCCGGGACUUACAGGAAUUCCCCCGCUCCUGAUAGGAAGGAAACGCACAGUUCCGGCUGGCCGUGUUUACAAGAAGAAAAACAAAAAGAAGAAGAAGAGUGCGGAGGGUCCCGAACCGGAGGACUCCGUAGAGUUUGAGAGUUGCGACCGGUUCGGUGAGGAAGUCCCGGACCGGACCAAAACAAACCCGGACCGGACCGUCCCGUUCCGGACCGGACUGACCCGGACUGGACCGACCCGUAACGGCUGCGCAGAGCCGGGACGCUGGUGCGUAAACCCGGACGUGCUGCUGUCAGAGGAGCAGCACCAGGGGGCGACGUCCAAUCAGAGGCCGGCGGACGUCCUCAAAGGCCUGAAGAGGAAGAAGCUCGUCGGAGACAACCAGCCGGACAAAAUCCCCAAAUCUCCUGGGCCGCCCCCCCCUGCUGGGGCUGAGGGGAGAAAGCCGCCAUCAGAGGGGGGGGUGCGCCCCCAGAGCCCUGAAGACCAGCAGAAGGGAGGAAGUGGCCCCCAGCUGGGGGGGGACAGUAGCCCCCAGGGGGACAACUUCCACAGCAGGGCCCCUCUGGAGGUCCUGCUGAAGGCCAUGGAGCCAGACUUCAGCAGCCUGCAGGCCCAGAGCCAGAGCCAGACCAGGACCCAGACCCAGAUCCAGCAGACACAAACCAGGACCCAGAUCAAGCAGGAACAGGCCAGCACCCAGAUGGCCCGGACCCAACUAGCCCAGCAGAACCAGAACCAGAACCAGCCGGCCCACAUGCAGAACCAAACCCAGCAGACCCACAUACGGACCCAGGCCCAGGCCCAGGCCAGGACCCAGACGCAGGCGGCCCAGCAGAACCAGACACAGGCGGUCCAGCAGACCCAGACCCAUCUGACCCAGCAGACCCAGAACCAUACCCAGAACCAAACCCAGAACCAGACCCAAACCCAGACCCAGAACCAGACCCAGACCCAGAACCAGACCCAGAACCAGACCCAGCCGACCCAACUAGCCCACCAGACCCAGACCCACCAGACCCAGAACCAGACCCAACUAGCCCACCAGACCCAGACCCAGCCGGCCCAGCAGACCCAAACCCACAUGCAGACCUACUACAUCGAUGAGCAGGGCCACUUCAUCGGCGUGGCGGCGGCUCUCCAGGGCGGCUCGCCGCUCACCGCUCCACGCUUCACCCCUAACCCGGAACAGCCCGGCGUGCCGGUGCUGAGCCUUGGCGCCGGGCCGCCACCCCCGCCCCUAACCCACGCCCCGGCGCCAUCCGGUGGUGGCGCCCUGCCGCGGGGCCAACCGCCCGCCGUGCACAGCUGCCAGUCACUGGCCGCCAGCGUCCCCCACCAGGUCCCCGGCACCCCGGGAGGCGGCCGGCUGCAGGUGGCCGCCGUCCUGAGUUUUGGGCCCGAGCAGGUCUCCAAGGACCAGCGGCCCAAGAAGCCCGGAAAGUACGUGUGCGAGUACUGCAGCCGGGCCUGCGCCAAGCCCAGUGUGCUGCUCAAGCACAUCCGCUCCCACACCGGCGAGAGACCCUACCCCUGCGUCACCUGCGGCUUCUCCUUCAAGACCAAGAGCAACCUGUACAAGCACAAGAAGUCGCACGCGCACGCCAUCAAGCUAGGGCUGCUGGCGCGCUGCGGGCCGGAGUCAGAUCGGCCCGCCGGGACGCCAUCAGAGGCCGAGGACAGCGGCGAGUCCGAGGAGGACACCACCGACCCGGACAGCGAGGCCCCGGUCUGCCCGCCGGCCGAAGUGGCGCCCGGGCCGCCAGCCAGGCCGGCGCGGGGCCCCAAGGUCGCCGCGGCGCUGCCCAAGGUCGUGGUGUACCCGGUGAACGUGUCCCCGCUGAGGGCGGACAGCCCCCGGGUGGCGGGCGCCGCCCCCGAGCCCCAGGCGGCCGGACUGCGGUCCUCCGUGUCGGUGCUGUCCAGCCUUAAGGAGGUGGAUGGUGAACCGGUCCCAGCCGCCUCGCCGGACGCCGCCAGCGAAGACGAGGACCGGGAACGCCGCUCGCCGCCGCCGCCGCUCGGGGGCCACGCCCAGCUGCAGCGCCAACAGGCCACGGACUCCUCCCAGCAGCCGCCGCCCAAGUGCCUGCUCAGCCCCCGCAGCCUGGGCAGCACCGACUCGGGCUACUUCUCCCGGUCCGAGAGCGCCGACCAGGCCAUGAGCCCCCCCAGCCCCUUCCUGAAGCUCCUCCCCCCGGCCGACGCCGACCUGGCCAAGGCCGUCCCCCCCGUGGUGGCGGCGGUGCUACAGGUGGCUAGGCCCCCCGACCGGCCCGGGAGGCCCCCCCUGGAGGCCAGCGCCCGCUCCCUGGAGGAGCGCAUCUCCAAGCUGAUCUCCGACAACCAGGCGCUGGUGGACGACAAGCAGCUGGACAGCGUCAAGCCCCGGAGGACCUCGCUGUCCCGGAGGGGCAGCAUCGACUCCCCCAAGUCCUACAUCUUCAAAGACUCGUUCCAGUUCGACCUGAAGCCGAUGGGCCGCAGGUCCAGCUCCAGCUCCGACAUCCCCAAGUCCCCCUUCACCCCCACCGACAAGUCCAAGCCCGUGUUCCUGCUCUCCGUGCCCACCCAGUACCCGCCCCUGGACUGCCUGCCCAUCACCAGGAGCAACUCCAUGCCCACCACCCCCGGCCACGCGGCCCCGCCCCCGAACGCCUUCCCGCCGCCGCCCCACCCGCUUAGGGUCUGCCAGUCCUUUGACGAGAAGAUCGGCUCCCCGAACAGCGACGGCUUCUCCUCGCCGCCCCCCAACCAGGCCGCCAUACACGCCCGGACUCUGGUCAGGCAGGAGGCGGUGGAGGACGUGUCCACCGGCGAGAGCCUCCCGUCGGCCCGCUCCAUGGACGAUGGCGGCGGAGGAGGAGGCGGCGUUGGCGAGCUUCUACCGAAGAGCAGGUCCUUUGACCAGGACCGGCUAAGGAAGCCGCCCCAGAACAAAGGCACCAUGUUCGAGUGCGAGACCUGCCGCAACCGCUACCGGAAGCUGGAGAACUUCGAAACACACAAGAAGUUCUACUGCUCCGAGCUGCACGGCCCCAAAAACAAGCCGGGGGCGGCGGCACCGGCGAGGGAGGCGGCGGCGUUGGCGGCGAGGGAAGCGGCGGCGGCUGCAAGGGAGGCGGCCGAGGACGUCUUCUGCCUGGGCGCCACCCGCUCGCCCAUUGGCUCGGGGAGUCUGGACCAGCAGACGUCCAUCAGGAAGAGGAGGAAGAUGAAGAGCGUGGGCGACGAGGACGACCAGUCCCCCACCGACACGGCGGCGCCCUGCGCGGUCGGCUUCCCGCCGCCAGCCAGUGGGGGCUUCUCCCCGUCCAACGGCGAGCAACCCAAGCCGCCUCCACUCCAGCUAGCGACUCGGGGGAUGAACUCAGCGGAGGCCCGGCUGUCGCCCAUCCGGGAGGCCCAGCUGGGCGGGUCCUGUAAGGGGGACCUCCAGAGGCAGGGUAGCGGCACCUCAGUCAUCCGGCACACCAACUCCCUCAGCCGGCCCGGCUCCUUCGAGACCGAGUCCGUCGGGAGGGCCUCUCCCGCCGGAUCCAUGGAGGAUGUCCCCGUCAAGGCCGGCGCCGACGGGGCGGCCGAUCCCCACCAGGAGGCGGCGCCCAAACCCCCUGGAGCCGAGUUCGGGAAGCCGGACCGGGCCGGUGUCCACCAGUCGCGUCUGGUCCGCCAGAGCAACAUCCAGGUCCCCGAGAUCCUGGUGACGGAGGACUCGGACCGGGAGCACGAGGCGCCUGGCGGUGGUGGUGGCGGCGAGCCAGUCGACAAGCCCCCGGAGUCCUUCAGCUGGCCCCAGAGGAGCGAGAGCCUGUCCAAGCUACCCGCCGAGAAGCUGCCCCCCAAGAAGAAGAGGAUCCGCCUGGCCCAGAUGGAGCACUCCUCGGGGGAGUCUAGCUUCGAGUCCAGCCUGUCGCGCAGCCUGAGCCGGGACAGCAGCCUCUCGCGUUGCUCCAGCGUCUCCGCCUCCUUCGACGAGCCGAGCCGUCCGGGGAGUCCGUCCAGGGGCGAGAAGCCGCCGGAGCCCCCAGCGGCGCCGGCGGCCUUCAACACACUGGGUGUCCCGGGCGCCAUGCGGAGGGCCGCCUCCGAGCAGAUCAGCUGCACACAGCCCUCUGUGGAGGUGACCUGCGACUACCGCAGCAAGUCCUUCGACUGCGGCCGCUUGGCGCCUGGCCGGACGCCGCCCACCAGCCGGCCGGGCGCCACCUUACCGGGCGCCACCCUGCCCCUCUCCUGCCCCUCCCGGCCGGCUCAGCUGCCGCUCAUCGAGCGCCGCCGCGGCCCGCUGCUGCGCCAGAUGUCCCUGAAGAUCGGCCCCGAGACCCAAAAGCCGCCGGACAAACCCCCGCCGAUCCUCCCGGCCCAGAACCGACCCGGCCAGCAGGCCCAGGCCGCCCCCCCGCAGCACCACCAGCAGAUGGUGCAGAGCGUCAACCUGGGAAGCCCCACCCUGCAGGCCCAGGUGCACGGCCUGCCCCACCCCUGGCACCAGGCGUCCCGGGUGCAGACCUGCCAGAAGGCGCUGCAGACCUCGUCCUGCCGAGACGAAGCCAAACCGGCUGACCCCGACGACAGCAAGUGCUUUGUGCCCAAAUACCAGCUCCCCUGUCCGGCUCGGAGGGCCGGCCCCGGCUUCUCCUUCUGCUGCCCCCAGGCCGCCCAGAUGGCUCUGCCCAUACUGACCAUCCCCAUCGCCAACCCGGUCCUGAAAUCCGCCGAUGUCUUCGUCUCCAGCCGGCAGGCCUCGGACCUGAAGCUGGAGACAAAGGACUCGCUGGACCACAGUCAACCUGGCGCUGUCGCACUGCCGCAGAUCCUGAUCACCCACGAGCAGGUGCACCCCACCGGCUCCCUGGGCUGUAAGAGCUUCCCGGCAUCGGCCCCGAAACUGGAAGCCGAGGCCCAGAGGGACAGGGCUCAGCCCCCCGUUCUGGAGGCCCAGAGGGACAGGGGGCAGCCUCCAGGUCUGGAGACCCAAAGGGACAGGGGACAGCCCCCCGGUCUGAAGGCCGAGGCCCAGAGAGACAUGGCUCCAGCCUGGGGGCAACCCCCCGGUCUGGGGAAGCUGGCCUCGGGGAGCCUCUGCCCCCAGCAGGAGCCCGCCGCCUCCAGCAAGCGCAUGCUGUCGCCCGCCAACAGCCUGGACAUCUACAUGGAGAAGCACCAGAAGAGGGCCAAAGACGAGCACGGCGGCGCCUGCCUGACCGACGGCCGGUCGCUCAGCUACCUCAGCUCCAAGGUGUCCGAGGUGACCCGGCAGCGCAAGCUGAUGCUGGUCAGGCAGGUCUGCACCAGCGAGCCGGCCGACAGCCCCAUCGAGACCGAAGCCCCGCCCCUUCCCGACCCCAAGCCCGACAGCCAGGACGACCCUGAGGCCGGUGACGAGGUGAAGCCCAUGUCGCCCGACGGGUUCAAGAAAGAAGAAGCACCCGGGAGUCGGGAGCAGAUCGGCCGGCCCGGGACUCAGGGGACCCCCCUUCAGGGGGAGAGGUGGACCCCCGCCAAGUCCCUGAUCCGGCCCUCCAGCUUCCAGGCAGGCCAGGUGAAGCUGACAACCUCAGUGUCGGUGGUGAACGCCAAGGACAGCCAGCGCCUGUCCUUCCCCAGCCUGAAGACGGCCACCACCUUCACCUGGUGCUUCCUGAUGAAGAGGAGGCCCCUCCACGGCCCCCAGGCCGACCUAAAGACCUCAGCAUACGCUGCCUGGGCCGUCAACCCCAGCAACCCCAACCCCCUGGGGCUGCCCACCAAGGUGGUCAUGUCCCUGUUCGACUCCAAGCAAAGCGCCAAGAAGGUCCACUACACCUCAGCCAUCCAGACCGGCGGCCAGUCCGACAUCCUGUCCUAUUCGGGCAAGCUGAAGGACGUCAUGCCCAGGGUGCCGGUGACCCCGAAGCCUGUCGCAGCUGAGCCCAGAAGCAAACCGGAGCCUCAGACCAGCAACGACUCGGAGAAGGAGGCGGCGCCUGUGGCAGAGCCGCGGCGGGUCAGAAUAUUCGAUGGAGGGUUCAAGUCCAACGAGGACUACGUGUACGUGCGCGGCCGCGGCCGGGGGAAGUACAUCUGUGAGGAGUGCGGGAUCCGCUGCAAGAAGCCCAGCAUGCUGCGCAAGCACAUCAGGACCCACUCUGACGUCAGGCCCUUCCACUGCGUGCACUGCAGCUUCUCCUUCAAGACCAAAGGAAACCUGACCAAGCACAUGAAGUCAAAGGCCCACAGGAAGAAGUGCCUGGAGAUGGGGGUUCCUGAGGGGGCCAUCGAGGACCCGGAGGCCGAGGACUCUGCCCCUCCCCCCUCUCUGGCUCUAACAUCUUUCUGGUCUUUACAGCCGCCCGGCGCCGUGGCGAGUGGUGGCGGCGGGCCCGUGGCGCCAGUGGACCGCAGCACGCAGACGGCCCAGUGCCCCCCCCACCCCCAGCUGUUCAACCAGUGCCCCCCCCACACCCAGCUGUUCAGCCAGGGCCCCCCCCAGGGCCCAGAGACCCGCCUGUUCAGCCACCUGCCGCUGCACUCCCAGCAGCCCGCCCGCCCCCCCUACAGCCUGCUCCCGGUGGGGGGGCUCCCGGUGGGGGGGCUCCCAGUGGGGGGGCUCCCUGUGGGGGGGGUCCAGCUAGUAUCAGGCCUGGCCGCCCUGGUCCCUAUCCAGGCCGGGUCUGUCCAGCUCGCCAUCCCGGCGUUGAGCGUCCUCCACCGGGCCGCCAGCCCGCCGCCAGCCAAUGGCGUGCCGACCAAUGGCGUGCUGCCCUGCUUCCCUCUGGGCCCGGCGGGCCUGGAGGCGCUCCGCCUGCUGGGCCUGGCGCCGCAACGGCCGCCGCCGGGCGUGGCCCUGAACGCCACCCUGGGGCUACAGGUGCUAACCGCCGGCGCCACCUCGCAGGCCGGUUCCGGUCUGCAGAUCAUCGCGCUGCCCGCCAUCAUCCCCUCGCUCAGCCCGCACGCCGAGCCGGACCCCGCCGCCGCCACUGGCGCCGCCCAGGCUGAGCGGGUUGCCACGGAGACGCCGCGGCGACCGGCCGCCCCCCCGGCGACAGGCUGGCGGUCGGCGGCCAGCGACCCGAACGAGGCGUCCAGCGACGACGAGGACAAGCUGGUGAUCGCCACCUGA